AUGGCUCGCCAGAACCACGUCAUAGCCAUCAUCGUCGUCGUCUUGAUCGUCUUCGCGGUCGUGGGAGGAUAUUUCUGGUUCCGAGUUCAGAAACGACUACUACGAGGACGACGUGAUCGCGACUCUUCAUCGAGCUCAGCAUCGAGCUCAAUUGUCGGAGGACCAUCUUCUGCACCGGUUGCACCUCCUGCACCGCCUUACUCCGAACUGCCUCGGCAUGCAGAUGUGGUGCAACCAGUGAGAGUGUACCCAAGCAGGUUUUUAACUUCGACUCUUGCAGUAUAUGCAGAGCUACAUUCUGUAGAACCUGCUUCAUUAUCAGUCCAAGUUCUUGUCUACCUGAUGGAUUCUCAAGCCGUACAAAACCACCUUUCCAUCUCAGCCCAUGACCGCAACAUCAUCACAUGUCUCGAAUUCGACGACGACAAGAUCCUCACUGCGAGCGAAGCCGGGACAAUCCAAGUACACGACAUCAAAUCCGGCACUCUGCGGGCAUCAUUAACAGGACACGAAGGCGGCAUCUGGGGUAUUGGAAUCUACGGCAACACUCUUGUUUCAGGAUCCACGGACAAGACAGUCCGGGUAUGGGAUGUCGCAAGGGCGGAAUGCACGCAUGUCUUCCACGGCCAUUCGUCGACUGUGCGAUGUAUACAGAUUGUUCCACCGUCGCCAGGUAGGGCGAUGCCGGUGAUUGUUUCGGCCUCGCGAGACUCCACUUUGCGCGUCUGGAGACUGCCCCGGCCAGGCGACGAGGAACCAGGUGAUACAGAUUGUCCGUACUUGAUCCAUGUGCUCAGCGGCCACGAAAAAACAGUUCGCGCGAUUGCAGCGCAUGACGAUACGGUCGUCAGCGGGAGCUACGAUUGCACCGUCCGAGUCUGGAGAAUCUCGACCGGAGAGAGUGUACACAAACUGCAAGGCCACACGAAGAACAUUUACAGCGUGGUUCUCGACCACGAGCGAAACCGCUGUAUCAGCGGAUCAAUGGACAACACGAUCAAAGUCUGGUCGCUGGACACGGGGUCGUUGGUCUACAACCUCGAGGGCCAUACCUCGCUUGUCAGUCUCCUGGAUUUACGGGACAACCUCCUCGUGUCAGGAUCUGCAGAUUCCACGUUGAGGAUCUGGAAUCCCGAUACUGGGGAAUGCCUGCAGGUCCUCCGUGGUCAGACGGGAGCGAUUACGUGUUUUCAGCAUGAUGGCCACAAAGUCAUUGCUGGAAGUGGUCGGGAUCUUACGCUGUGGGAUGUGCGCACGGGAGAACGCUUGCGAGACCUCCUCACAGACUUGGACGGGGUAUGGCAGGUGAGGUUCGAUGGUCAAAGAUGUGUUGCAGCAGUAAUGCGUAAUAAGACUGCUUCUAUCCAGGUUUUUGAUUUGUCUGGUUAG